AUGGUUGCUCAUAUCGUAGGGUUGCUUGUUUGCUCGCCAGCUGCUGCUGCUGCUGCUGCUGCUGGUGUUUCUGCUCCUGCCAAUACUGCUCCGGAUGUUGCAGGUGCCAUUGGAACUACCAAUGCUGCUGCUGGCCGUGCUGAUGCCACAACAACCAGGGAAGCAACCGCAGCCCCCUCGCAAUCGCACGCGGCCGCACAACAACACACACAGCAGCUGCUGCAGCGGUUCUCCACGUCCUUCCCAGGCCUUCUGUCGGAGGUGCCUCGCAGUGUGCCCGGGGUCCCUCGAAUCUUCCUUGAGGCACUGCGGAGGCGCAAUGAGCUCGUGGUGGGGGCGUGUGAGGCCAUAGGGAGGCGGCAGUCACAGGCCAGCGUUGCCACGCACCCUCCAGCAGGCGGAAACUGCAUGCCUGCAGAGGCUACAGCAGCCAUGGGCCCUCUAGAGCAGGGCAAGGCAGCAGACGGCGAGGCAGAAGGGGAGGAUUCAGAAUCAGAGGGUUUUUUCGGGUCCGUGCCGAGAACCGUUCGGCAGGAGAACAGACUCGCUGCCGCUGCUGCCAAGGCCUUGAGGGCCCGUGCACGGCCAGCUGCCCAGGUGCCUCCACAGCAGAGGGACCCCCGCAGAGCAGCCCCAGGGGGUGAUGAAGAGGAGCAGACUGGGCAGGUGGCUGUGGGCGGUGGCGCUGCAGGCGGUGGUGUUGUGGGCGGUGGUGCUGGCGGGCCUGGGAGGGGGUGGUCAAGGAGGGGUUCUGAGAGGUGGACAGCACAGGGAGGUAGCGGUGGUCGUCCAAGUGAGGCUCUCGGCUACAGGGGCAAGUCAGGGGAGAAGUUAGAGCCAGAGCAGGAGGAGGAGGAUGUCAGGGCGUCGCAGCAACACGAGCAGCAGCAGCACGAGGGGCGGGCGGGACGGGAGGGAACAGUAGCACUUGGGGAGUUGGCGGCUGAUGCAGCUGAGGCUGGGGCAGCGGAAACUGGUUUGUCGGCGGCUGCUGUUGCUGCUGAGCCCGGGGCAGCGGCGCUGCUGGAGGAGACCGACGUGGCCGCUGCGGCUGAGGUGACGGGGACGGCGCGGGAGGGGGCACAAACGGCUGGGACGGCGGGGGGAGCGUCUGUUGCCGAGACUGCUGCCGCCUCUGACGGCGGCUUAAUUUCGCCCGCUGAGGUACGCCCGACUGCGCCGCCGCUACAUGUGGGCGGGGGUCGGGCCGCGGAGGAGAGUCAGAUGGUACCGGAGCCGGCUGCAUCCCCGUCACCGCUCGGGUCGGCUGAGGUUGCUGCGGUCGUGGCGGAGGCAGCGAGGCGACAGCAAUUACCCCCGAACGAAGAGACGGCGCCGCCUGCCGCUGAGUCCGCCGGAACACCUGUUGCUGCCGUGGCCGCAAACAGGCAGGGGCACGGCCGGGCGGGGAGCGGUAGACCGGGUCCCGGGACUGGCGCCGCUGCUUGCGCCGCUCGCGGGAAGAAGCUCCGCGCCCAGCCAGCACCGAGGCGGCCCGGAGCAGGGCUGGGACCUGGCGUCCCAGGACCCCUCCUGGGCUGGUUGCUGCAAGGGCAGUCGCCACAAGUGCCAGCGCAUCCGUCGCCAUCUCACGUCGGAGCGUCUGUGGCGAAUUCCGCCGCGCAGACAACGACGCAGGCUGCGCCAACGCAGGCGCCGGGAAUUCAGGUCGGCAGUAACAAUGGGGAGCCGGCGGUGACAGGUACAACAGCAGCAGCAGCAGGCACGAACGUAGCGGCGGCGGCUGUAGGGACCAGGCGGUCGGCACGGUUGGGAGCGAUAACCUGGGGACCACCACGGGAUGGCCGUACGCCGUGGAUGCCGGCGGGCCGCGGUGGCAACGGAGUGGCGGAAACGGCGGGCGCGGCUGGGCGGGGACAACGAGGGGUUUUGCGCGGGGGGAUGAGAGGCGGACGGGGAGGGCGCAACCAACCACCCAGAUCGGAAAUCCCCGCGAGGACUGGUCCCUGGCGGGAGCGUCACGCCAGGCCUGAAAGAGUGAUCCUGCAGACGAAUGAGGGACAAGAAGCUUCUGACAACCCCGGGGCCGACCCAGAGUUUAUGGCUGGGGAGGAGGAGACCUCUGAAGAAAUCUCGUUGGAAGACGAGGAGGCACCCAGGAGGAGGAACAACCCUGAACCUCAAACCGGGGCGGCGGGGGGGGGUAUUCCUAGCAACCCAGCGGUAGGAGGAGCACCUGCCACGGAGGAGACGGACGUGCCUUCGCCGGCCGACCUGGCCGGCGACGACGCCAUCUGGCACAUGGCGGGGGAGUGGAAUGUAGACGUGCUUCAGCGAGGGGACCAGCCAUUCCUCGUCCGCCGGCUGCCACCACACCUCCUGGACAGAUACUGUCUGUGCAUGCUGGCAGCACUCAUUCGCCUGGAUAAAAAUCCCAGCUGCCCAGGUGGUUGGAUGGUGCUGCUGUUCCUUCCGAGGCUCACCCUCAGGCCUGCGCCCGAACCUGUCUUGGGGAGUCGCUGGGCAGCGAUUGAAGCUAGGCUGCACAAAUUCCAACGAGGCGAAUGGUCCGAGCUCUUCGAGGAAGCAGGAGUCAUCCCCGACACAGGAGCCCCGUUCCAGGAGGUGCGGAGUGCAUCAUCCAUACCGUCUGCUCUCUACUCCGUGAGGACAAGACCCGCAUUGCCCUCCAGCUAG